AUGCGAUACUGCCCUGAUGGAAUUGAUAUGUACUUUGACAAUGUGGGAGCUGAAAUGCAAGAAGCAGCAGUAGCUAACAUGAACACAUUCGGCAGAGUUGCUGUUUGUGGGGUAAUCUCCGAGUAUACAGACAGUGGGAGACGAGCUGCACCCCAUAUGCUCGACGUUGUGUGCAAGAGAAUCACAAUUCAAGGCUUCUUAACUGCUGAUUACCUAAACAUAUACCCAGAGUUCAUUUCAACAAUGGCUAAUUACUUGCACGAUGGUAAAAUUAAGGUUCUUGAAGACAUUUCAUACGGGGUGGAGAAUGUCCCCUCGGCUUUUAUUGGACUAUUUCGCGGCUAUAACAUUGGGAAGAAGAUUGUUGAAAUCGCAGAUAACUGA